AGCCGUCGUUAGCUUGAUGUGCUAACUGCUUUGUGCAUCGCGUCAGGAAUAUUACAGGAAACACAGCCCAGUUGUACGCUGUCCUGUCCCGUGUUACACCUAGUGUUAACUAUUGACAUAUGCUGUAAUUGGUGCGCUGUUGGUCGACAUAAAGAAAACUUUAAUUUAAGACUGCACGCUGAUUAAACGUUAAGCCACAGAGCUGCUCCUUUCAGCAUGAUAAAAAUGACCAUGUGACUGAGAAAAGAGUCUUGAAUACAUGAUCUGGAAGCAAAGAAGACCCAGUAUACCUUGGAUCAUUAUUAUUGGAUUGCUGCACAAAGCUUAACAUCAUGGCGUCCAAAACAUCCCUGCUGAAAGUUAUUCUCCUUGGUGAUGGGGGAGUUGGGAAGAGCUCCAUUAUGAAUCGGUAUGUCACCAAUAAAUUUGAUGCCCAUCUUUUUCACACUAUUGGAGUUGAAUUCCUCAACAAGGACUUGGAGGUUGAUGGCCACCAGGUAACUCUGCAGAUCUGGGAUACUGCGGGACAAGAGCGGUUUCGAAGUCUGAGAACUCCAUUCUAUCGUGGCUCUGAUUGCUGUCUGCUCACGUUUAGUGUUGAUGACAACCAGAGCUUUCUUAAUUUGGGCAAUUGGAAGAAGGAAUUCAUUUAUUACGCUGAUGUCAAGGAGCCAGAGAAGUUUCCUUUUGUGGUAUUGGGCAACAAAGUAGAUGUGACGGAAAGGCAAGUGUCCACUGAAGAGGCUCAGCAGUGGUGCCAAGAGAAUGGUGACUACCCUUAUUAUGAGACUAGUGCCAAGGAUGCCACCAAUGUUGCUGUGGCAUUUGAGGAGGCGGUACGCAGGGUACUGGCAAUGGAUGAAAGAACGGACCACCUUAUUCCUACAGACACUGUCAAGCUUCACAGAAAGCCCCGGUCUGCUGCCACUUGCUGUUCAUAACAUGCGCAGGAUUAACAUUAAUAAUUUUAAGGCUUUGUGAUUAGGGAUUCCAGGGGUACAGUGCUGUAAAAAAAAAAAAAAGAAA